AUGGCCGGGGGAAUAGCCUCUUAUGGCAUUUCCGCCAAGCGCGCAGAGCUUGCUGGGGGCCGAGUUGGAUGGCGCGGUCUGGUUAGUAGCAAAAAGACGUGCGGCAUUGCACUAUUCGCCUCGCUGGGUGGCCUAGUAUACGGAUAUAACCAGGGAAUGUUCGCUCAAAUUCUUACCAUGCCGUCGUUCAUCGAAGCUACUCAAGGAUAUGCAGAACACAAAGGCACAGCCCAAGGUAUGCUGACCUCAAUCCUCGAGCUCGGUGCUUGGCUGGGAACGCUCGCCAACGGUUAUUUGGCUGAUGCGACGGGCCGUCGGGUGACGGUCGUGAUUGCGGUGGUGGUAUUCUGUGUGGGAGUUAUUGUUCAGGCGUGCACUACGAACCCCGAUUAUGUUUAUGCCGGUCGAUUUGUGACAGGUUUAGGCGUGGGUAACCUGAGCAUGAUCGUACCUCUGUACAAUGCUGAGUUGGCCCCUCCUGAAAUUCGAGGGUCUUUAGUCGCCGUUCAGCAACUGGCGAUUACAUUUGGUAUCAUGGUCAGCUUCUGGAUCGGAUAUGGUACCAAUUUCAUUGGCGGUACCGGGCAGGGCCAGUCAAUUGCGGCCUGGGAGAUCCCCGUCUGCAUCCAAAUUCUACCUGCUCUUGUUCUCGCAGCAGGAAUGAUGCUUUUCAUGCCUCAAUCGCCACGUCAUUUGAUGAAUCAAGGCCGAGACGAAGAGUGUCUUCAAACAUUGGCCCGUUUGCGCGAUACCUCCGUCGACGAUAUCCUCGUUCGCAUUGAAUACUUGGAGAUCAAGGCUCUACGUAUGUUCGAGGAUGAGACUGCUCGCAAGAAGUACCCUCAGUACCAAGAUGGGUCGCGUAAGAGCAAGUUCAUGAUUGGGCUUCAUGAUUACAUGUCCUUGGUCACGGACAAGUCGCUGUUCAAAAGGACUACUGUCGCGUGCUUGGUCAUGGUGUUUCAGCAAUGGAAUGGUAUUAACGCUCCACAAAUCUUUGAAGACCUUCAAUUGGGUGGAACGACUACUUCCUUGCUAGCCACUGGUGUCGCCGGGAUUUUCGAGUUCGUCUUUACCAUUCCGGCCGUUCUCUGGGUCGACAACAUCGGUCGUAAGAAGAUUCUCAUUGCCGGUGGUAUCGGUAUGGCGGUUUGCCACUUCAUCGUUGCGGGUAUUAUCGGAUCCUAUCAGCAUACGUUUGCGGAUCACAAAGGGGCUGGAUGGGCUGCUGUCGUCUUUGUGUGGAUGUUCAUUAUCAACUUUGCUUACGCCUGGGGUCCCGUUGCUUGGAUUGUCGUUUCGGAAGUUUUCCCGUUGAGCAUGCGUGCCAAGGGAGUUAGUAUUGGAGGUAGCAGUAACUGGCUUAACAAUUUCGCCGUCGGUCUUUCUACUCCCCCGUUUCUCAAAGCGUCAAACUACGGCACAUUCAUCUUCUUUGGGUGUGUCACCACCAUCGGUGUCCUGUGGGUGUGGUUUCUGGUGCCGGAGACCAAAGGCCGUACCCUGGAGGAGAUGGAUGAACUGUUUGGAUCGCAAGGCAUGGCCGUGGAAGACGAGGCCCGAAAGCGAAGGAUCGAGCGCGAGAUCGGCCUCUUGGCACUUUUGGGCGAGCAGUCGGAUCAUACAGCCGAUGAGAAGCUGGCUGAGAAGCCUAUGCAUGUUGACAACGUGUCCGAGUAG